UAGUUCGUGGCAACCAUUAAAGAAUCCAAUUGGAAUUUGACAUUUCCUAUAUACUCCAAAACGAAAGAAAAACGAAAAGCGGAAAAAACUACGUGUCUCGAUGAAAUAUCGGAAAAGGAUUGUUCUAUAAAACAACUAAAAGGUCCAAAAAUUCGGAAUUAGUAGUUUCAGAAAUCUAAAAAAAUAUAGUCAUAAUAUUGCAAUUUUGCGAAAGUUACGAGUCUCUUGCCACAGUUGGCUUGUUUUGUAUUUAUUUGUAUUUGACGUGUGUGUUGUUUCCCAUUCUAUAUAGUUGGAUGCUUGGAACCUUUUAUAUUGUAUUGAAUAGAAAAUUCUACAAGCAUAAUUCAAAAUUAAUAUAUUUCUGGAGUCAAUCAGCCUAUUGGCUGUACGUGCUACCACCAACGACAUAAUGCAAAUAUUACUUUCGUCCGUAUGUCUGGCGUUGACGAGCAUCGUCAUCGGGAACGCCUACUACCAGAAGAAGCAAUUUUAUCCUGCGGUUGUGUACAUCACCAAAUCUAAUGCAUCUAUGGCCGUUAUUUAUAUACAGUUUUUCGUUAUAGUUUUCAUGUUUGGAAAGUUAUUGCGCAAGAUUUUUCUGGGUACAUUACGAGCAGCUGAGUUUGAACAUCUAUUGGAACGAUUUUGGUAUGCCCUGACAGAAACAUGCCUUGCAUUCACUGUAUUCCGUGAUGAUUUCAAUCCGCGUUUUGUAGCACUGUUUACAGUUUUAUUGUUUCUGAAAUCAUUCCAUUGGUUGGCGGAAGAACGCGUUGACUUUAUGGAGCGAUCACCUGUACUUGGAUGGCUAUUUCAUAUACGCGUAGCAAGUCUUCUUGGAGUACUGGGCAUUUUAGAUUACUUUUUGCUUAUGCACGCCUAUAAUUCCACUUUAGUUCGUGGACCAACAGUGCAGUUAGUUUUUGGCUUUGAAUAUGCAAUAUUGUUAACUGUAGUUGCGAGUACGGCCAUCAAAUAUGUGUUACAUGCUGCUGAAAUGCGAACCGAUGUACCAUGGGAAAAUAAAGCCGUAUUUUUGCUCUACACUGAAUUGGUGAUUGGAUUGAUCAAAGUAAUUCUCUAUGUAUUGUUCGUGUUUAUAAUGGCCAAAAUAUACGCAUUACCGAUGUUUGUAUUCCGCCCAAUGUUCUUUACGAUAAGAAAUUUCAAGAAAGCACUAAUCGAUGUCAUUAUGUCAAGACGCGCUAUACGAAACAUGAACACACUUUAUCCUGACGCCACUCCUGAGGAACUACGACUUUCAGAUAACAUAUGUAUAAUCUGCAGAGAAGACAUGAUUAAUCACUCAAAAAAGUUGCCGUGCGGUCAUAUUUUUCAUACCACUUGUUUACGUUCGUGGUUUCAACGUCAGCAAACCUGCCCAACAUGUCGCCUAAAUAUAUUACGAACACCUAAUGCUAACUCUACAGCGAUUCCAAGACCAGACGAGGGAGUGGGUGGUGGAGCUGCGGGUCAAGGUGCUGCAGCUGCUGCAACGCCUGCUCCUGCCGCUGCUGCUGCUCCAAUACCAAAUCAGGCAAACGGUACUGAGAUGCCACGAGUAGACGGUGCAGCACCACCCAAUGCUGCGAGUGUCCCAGGGUUGUUUGAAAACAUGGGCAUUGGCAAUGCCGGUUCAAAUAAUUUGCCUGGUGGACUGCCGUCGAUUCCUACGACAACAGCACCACCCAAUUUCCCAACUUUGCCGUUGCCUCCACCAUUCAUGAUACCGCCUCCAUUUCCAUUUAUUGCACCAUAUGCUAUACCACCACCACCUAUGCCAUCAGAUCUAAGUACUUUGAGCGAUGAAGAAUUAAAAUUAUUAGAAGGAAAUGAACGCCGUAAUGUUGAAGAACGUAUCAAGCUACUACGAAAUAUUGAGUUAAUGCUGAAUGCUGCAGGAAUACUGAUGAAUAACUACCAAAUAAUCACUGCGCGUUUGCAAACGACGGUACCAUUACCAACCGAAACUGUUGCGUCUUCGAACAACACCACCAAUAAUACAAUAAAUAAUACAAACGAAAGACCCAGUACAUCAGCGGCUGCUGCUGCAGCGCUUGCUGAAAAUCAGUUGCAUACAUCUGGCACCAGUAAUGUUGCAUCAGUAGCAAAACCAACAGUUCUUACAGAAAGUUCAACACAUCCUCCAUUGCAAAAACAUGGUGAUGUGACAAUUGAAGACUUAGGCGGUGAAGAACAUGAAUACGGUGUUACGCAGAGUGGUGAUGCAGCACAGGCAUCAGCAUCAUCCUCGGUGCAUACGCCGGGUAUUGAGAUCUGUACUGAUGACAAAACCACCAGCAUUACAGCUGAACAACCCGAGAAUACCGAGCUCAGUGAACUGAGAAAACGACGUUUAAAAUUCCUUGAAGAAAACAGCAAAUUAUCAACGCCAACAACAACUUCUGAAAACACUUCGAGCCUGUAUAAUGCUGCGGAAGACUCCAUGAUUGAAAAUGGCACCAGCAAUGAAGAUAAUGAAAGCGAUGAUGCUUCCUCGGAACAGAACGAAAGCAAUGAACCAUCUCAAAAAAAGUCGAAAAAGAUGCGAAAGAACACAACGCAACAAGACAAAUCAAAAAUUGCCUCCAACACAAACAAUAGUAAUGUUAGCCAAGUAAAGUUAAAAAAAUCAACUGGUGAAAAAGUAAAACCACCAACACUUGAGGAGAUUAAUGAGCUGAAGGAAACUCGCAAUCUAUUCCAUUCGAAUCUAUUUAGGCUACAAGUGAAGGAAAUGUUGGCGGAAGUAAAAAUUAAGGACAAGUACACCAACUAUAUCAACAAUUGGCUGGAACAUUUUAAGCAAUUUCUAAACGAACUGCAAAAUCAAUCGCAGAAAGAGGAUAUGAACAAUCAGGAAUGGUUGAAGAAAAGCCAAAUAAAACUUCCUAUUUCGCUGCAUAAUUUGCAUGUUGAACAACAAAAAGUCUUUCAAUUUCAAUUUAUCAAAUCCAAAGUAUCGCCAUAUCUUAUAGGAGCAGCCGCUACUCAGUCAUUACUCGGCCCAAAAUUAAACGCUGAUAUCAGUAUUCUAAUGCCGGAAGAAUGUUUUCAGAAAGAGAAUUAUCUUAAUUUAAUAUAUGACCAGAAGCGUGCAUACUAUUUAACUUACAUUGCAAAUAAAUUAAUUAACAGCCGCGUAUUCGGUAAAGAACUGACAACAGACAAAUUGAAAUUUAGCUACUAUAAUAACAAUCCACUUAAACCAAUAUUGGAAAUAACACCCACACCAUUAGCCGAUGACAAUGUGAAAACGAAUAUUGCAAAUAAGCUUAAUCUCCGCCUAUUUAUAGCAGCGGAAGAGAGCGCUUUCAAACUAAAUCGUUUCGUACCAUGGAAUAAUAAUGUGCGCGCCAACAUUUUCGGUGAUGAUACUGAUGAAUCCAUUCCACUGGCUACGCCAAAUUACAAUGCUGGAGUAUUAUUCGAUCUCACUAUGCAGAGAAACCAACAAUUACUGCAUGGCAUUUUUGAUGAGCGAAAGAAUUUUCAAGAAGGUUUAGUUUUACUGAAGGUUUGGUUACGGCAGCGUGAAUUCGAUGUGGGUUUCAAUGGAUUUUCAUCACAUUUGCUAGCCAUGUUCAUAUCUUACCUUUACAAACAACGGAAAUUACAUAUGAACAUGAGCAGCUACCAGGUGGCUCGUACAGUCUGGAACCAAUUAGCGUACAGUGCUUGGGAUGAGGAUGGCAAAGGUAUUUCGCUGUCCGAUAACUCUACAGAUUUCGCCAACCAACCUACUUUAGAGCAAUUCCAUACAUACUACGACGUGGUCUUCGUAGAUGUUACUGGCUUUUUUAAUAUCGCCGCAAAUCUAAAUUCAGAGAUUUAUCGUCGUGUGCGUCUCGAAGCUAAAUUAGCGGUUGAUAUGUUGAACGAUAUGAAAAUAAAUAGCUUUCACAUGUUGUUUAUGAAGAAAAUUCCACUCUAUAGCCAGUUCGACAAUAUACUCAAAAUAAACAAAAAUGAUAUUGUUGAGCAAAUCUUAGAAAUGCAUGUCAAACCUGCUGAUAAGUACAAUUUCGCUGGCUACGCAUAUCCCGCGCUGUUGAAGGUUGUAGUUGGGCUCCUUAGUAAAGGACUCGCUGAACGUGUACGCGCUUUACUACCGAUCGAAAAGUUGGUAGAUGCUUGGAGUUGCACAAAAAACCCGCCUGAUUGCGCGCGUUACUGUCAUCUCGGUAUUGUUCUUAAUCCUGAAAAGGCGUUUGAAGUCUUAGACAAAGGCCCCGAAACCAUCGCUGAAGGUGCUAACGAAUUUCGCAAAUUUUGGGGUGACAAAGCGCAAUUACGACGCUUUCAGGACGGUAGUAUUACCGAAUCCGUGGUGUGGGCUGCAACUAGCGACAGCCUGUGGAAGCGACGUUUGGUUGUACGUUCAAUCGUUACUCAUCUAUUACAACAUCAUUUUCAAUUAGAAAAUAAAGAUUUCGAAUAUAUUUCUGGUGAAUUGGAUAUUUCCUACCGUUUGACACCGAUUUUCCGUACGGAUAAAAUGCCUGAAAAUUUUAAGGUAGAGCAGGAUGUCGAUGCAGAGGACACUUCUCUCAAUGUAAUACGUUGUUUUGACGAUUUGGCACGCAAGCUACAUGCGCUGAAUGACCUUCCGCUUGAGAUUGUCUCAAUUGCUGGCAUAUCGCCCGUGUUUCGCUACAGUGAACCUGUGCCAAUUCUACCACAAGCGCGCAUGAUUGGCGAGCAAAUGUAUGCUAUGCAAGUGCAACGUGGUGUUAUACAAUUAGGUCAGAGUGGUAAAUGGCCUAGUGAGUUGGGUGCAUUGCGUGCACUAAAAAUGGCUUUUUACAUAAAAAUAGCUAAUAUGUUGCGCGAACAAUAUAAUCUAAAAACUAAAGUAACUUACAAUGGCCUUUUAGUACUUAAACAAGGCUAUUGUUUUGCUAUUGAAAUGUCACAUCCCAAGGAGGUGGCUCUACUGAAGAAGGAGAAAAGUGAAAGGGGCUUAACACAGUAUGUGGAUUGUGAGGCCAGCAUUGCCUUAGAGAAACGACAUUAUAUUCUGCCCAAAGUGACGGGUGCGCUACAUGCCUUAUAUCAGUUACAUAACAGUUUUGGUGGUACAGUAAUGAUCGCGAAACGUUGGCUGAGUACACAAUUCCUUGAUGAUGGUCUGUGGCCAGAAGAAUGUACUGAAUUGUUAAUUGCCGCACAAUUUCUAAGAACACCUGCACAAAAAAAUCCCAGUUCGCCCCAAACAGGUUUCAUAAGAUUUCUGCAAUUGCUGGCGGGCACUGAUUGGCGCAACGAGUUGUUCUUAUUGAACUUUAAUAAUGCAAUGGAUGAAAAUGCUGUAGCUGAUUUGGAGCAUCGCUUUAGCACAGAACGUGAUACAUUCCCGCCACUUUGUAUAGCAACUUCGUUCGAUCAAAACCAUUUGGGUAAUUUAUGGACAUCGGCAUGUAAACCAAACAUAAAUGUACUCGCUCGUGUUACACUAUUGGCGCGCCACGCUUUGGAUAUAUUGGAAAGCGCGUUGCUCUCGACUAAACCUUUUAUAAAACCUGGCCAAAUUUUCAUAGCGCCCAAUAACGGCUACGAUUACGUAAUCCAAUUAAAACCAGAUUUGGUAACUAACUCAUGGGCGCAUGAAUUCGGUUCAUCAUUUACGGUGCGCACGAGACCAAAUUGGCGUCUGCCCUUAGCAGAUAGCAAUUUUUUACAAAACACGAUGGAAAAGCUUCGGGACGCAUAUUCGGACUUCGCCGCUUUCUUCUACAACCCCCAUGGUGGCAAGGAAAUAGCGUUAAUCUGGAAGCCUGAUAUAUCUAAGGAAAGAGAUUUCAAAGUGAACGAAAUGAAUGGUUGUGCAUUAAGCAGUGAAAAUAGUGGCAAAGUUUUUGUUAAAAAAGAAAUCAUAACGGAGGAUUUGAAAUUUAUACUAAAGGAUAUGUAUCUAAGGAUCGGUACAGUAGACGAAGUGUUGACUGCUUCGCGUAGUACACUACCUAUUAUUAGUAAGACUACUAGCACAACUAGCAUUGAGCAUUUUCAACACAAAACAGGAGAGAAACGCUACUUUUACAAUUCCCAGGUGGAGGUGUCAGAAGUAGUGACCAAAAAGGUUAAACAACAAUCGAAAGACUUGAAGAAGAAUACUAUGAAAAAUAAGUCAGAGAAAAGUUUAAAAAUAAACGGUUUGGCGAGAAAGUCGAAGAAUAUUAACAAAAAAGGAAAGACAAAAAAAUUAAAAACAAAAAAAUCGCUAAUUUCCCAUGUUGCGACAAGCAAAAAACAUUAAAAUUUAAUUUUAGUUAAAUAUUGUCCAAAAACUAUAAACAUAAUUAUAAUAAAAAAUAAAAAUUUUAACAAAAGAUAAAAA